AUGUGCCACAACCGCUUGGAGCUGCUCUACCAUGACAAUGUGUUCAAGAAGCGCUUUUGCGCAACCUUCCCGAAGGUGUCCUCGUGCCAAAGGGGGGACCUGUGCGCGUUUGCACACCACCGAGAGGAGGUUCGCGUGGAGCUGUUAAAGCUUGAGGAGGAGGAGCUCAUGGCAGAAUGGUUCAGUGUACCCGAGGACUCCCGGUCUCCAGAGAUGCAGCUCCGAGCAGUGGACUUCUUCACACGCCGCUUCAAAACGCUGUGGUGCCCCUAUGGUACCCAACACAGCUGGCAUGAGUGCCUCUACGCCCACACCGAUCAGGACUGGCGCCGACGACCAGAACUCGGAUACAGCAGUGAACCUUGCACAGAGUGGGCGAAGCAUGUCGGGGAGCGUCUUCCGUACAAUGAGCGGUGCCCUAGAGGCUUGCGGUGUGGCUUCGCUCACGGCUCGAAGGAGCAGCUCUACCAUCCCUCCUAUUACAAGACGAUGCCGUGCACUGACUGGGCAGCGACGGGGCAUUGCCCACGGGGACCGCAGUGUGCUUUCUACCACGGCACAAACGAGCAGAGGAUCCUUGGAGAGGCCUUGUCGUCAAGUGCAGCAGUCACUGGCGAGAGUAUGGGCUUUGGAGGCCGGGUCCUGUCGGUCCAGGAACUGGAAGCUUCCUUGGCGGCUCGAACCGUCCAAGACGUUUGCGCCGCUGCUGGAAACCGGCCCUGUCUGGAGCCGGCCUUUAGCCUGGCCGGAAGUGUUGAUGGUGCAACCACACUGAGCGGAAGGAGCGGCAUGAGGACCUCCUUCGGCUCCUUGGCAUCCUUAGCCUCGCUGGCGUCCUCCAACUCGGCAACUGGCUCUCCUGCGGUGGGUCCUUGCCUUCCACUGGCCACGGAGUUGGAGCCUGCCUAUGUUCGGCUGCCGCCGAUGUGGGGAAACCACGGGCACCUGGGCCCUUUCCCAGAGGAUGACGAGGCUUCCGUCUCGAAAGAGUACCUGCGCCUGUGA